AAGUCGCCUGAAUGUAUCAGGAACCCAUCAUGAAGAAGGGAACAAAAGAACCAAAAUGCUUCUUACUCAUCUUCCACUUCCUCUCAUUCCAUGCUUAUCUUAUCCAGCUUCUCUGGAGCUUGUCAUUCCGCCUUCUAUUUAACUCUUGCUGUGUCUCCCAUAUCCGG